GUAGAGGAGUAGCUGGCGCGCAGAGGUUACCCCGCGGGGCGCUCCGGGUGCCGAGGCAUCCCGGUCCGCGCGCGCGGCUGAGCCUCCCCGCGUGGGACCGUCCCUUGUCGCGCCCGGGGCUGGUCCCGGGACGCCAGCGAGAGUGCAGAGUCUGGCGGGCGCAGUCAACUGGAGUCGGAGUCGCGGGCCACGCGGGAGUGGCGGUGGCUAGCCCUCUGGUCGUUAUGAGGACGGAUCUAAAAUGACCAGCAAACGGAGACCUUUCCAAACGCAGCUCAGGAGAUCCAUCAGUGAGCAGUUACGGGACUCCACGGCCAGAGCCUGGGAUCUGCUGUGGAAAAACGUCCGAGAGAAGCGGCUGGCAGAGCUCGAGGCCAAGGAAGCGUGUGACUGGCUGCGCGCAGCCGGGUUCCCGCAGUACGCCCAGCUGUAUGAAGAUUCUCAAUUUCCCAUCAACAUUGUAGCUGUCAAAAAUGAUCAUGAUUUUCUUGAAAAAGACCUUGUAGAACCUCUUUACAGACGACUAAAUACGUUAAACAAGUGUGCCUCCAUGAAACUUGAUGUGAACUUCCAAAGGAAAAAGGGUGACGACUCCGAUGAAGAAGAUCUUUGUAUCAGCAACAAAUGGACUUUCCAAAGAACCAGCCGCAGGUGGUCUCGUGUGGAUGACCUCCACACACUAUUCCCUGGAGGAGACAGAAAUGGGUCACCGGUAGGCACUGGGAUGAAGAACACACCCAGCAGUGAGAGCGUCCUCACAGACCUGAGUGAGCCCGAGGUCUGCUCCAUCCACAGUGAGAGCAGCGGAGGCAGCGACGGCCGCAGCCAGUCAGGCCAACUCUGCACGGACAGUACGGCCAUGCUGGACGCCCCGCCGGCCAGCAGUGGCCUCCCCCCAUCCCCCAGAGACAUCUUCCACCACCCUCUCCACCCCAAGAAUGAGAAGCCCUCCAGGACCAGGGCCAAAUCAUUUCUGAAACGCAUGGAGACGCUCCGAGCCAAAGGAGCACAUGGAAGGCAUAAGGGCUCAGGGCAGACAGGGGGCCUGGUGAUCAGCAGGCCCGUGUUGCAGCAGGAGCCAGAGUCCUUUAAGGCCAUGCAAUGCAUCCAGAUACCAAACGGAGACCUGCAGAGCUCGCACCCAGCUGCCUGCAAGAAAGGGCUUCCGUGCUCCGGCAAAUCGAGUGGCGAGAGCAGCCCAUCGGAGAACAGCAGCAGCGGGGUGAGCACGCCGUGCCCGAAGGAGCGCAAGUGCCAUAAGGCCAGCAAGCGGGGGGGCAUGUACCUGGAGGACCUGGACGUGCUGGCGGGGCCGGCACCACGGGGGGCUGGGGACCAAAGCCACGCACACGAGUUUCAUUCCCAAGAGAACUUGGUGGUGCAUAUUCCCAAGGAUCACAAACCGGGAACAUUCCCCAAGGCACUUUCUAUUGAAAGCCUCUCUCCCACGGACAACAGCAGUGGGGUUAACUGGAGGACAGGCGGCCUCUCCCUGGGAAGACAGCAGGGCCCUGGUGCCAGGGAGCCAGGGCUCACAGAGUCCUGCCACAGAGCAAGCCGCGUCAGCAUCUAUGACAACGUACCGGGAUCCCACCUGUACGCCAGCACAGGAGAUCUUUUGGACUUGGAGAAAGACGACUUCAUCCCUCCUUUGGAUGACAUCCUGCAGCAUGUCAAUGGGCUCCGGGAGGUAGUAGAUGACUGGUCGAAAAAUGUCUUGCUGGAGCCGCAGACUCAUGAGGCAUUGGUUGGGGAGCCAGGUUUAUCCCCCUUUCCGUCUCCUAAUCAGAUCACCCUAGAUUUUGAAGGAAACUCUGUCUCAGAAGGUCGGACAACACCCAGCGAUGUGGAAAGAGAUGGGACAUCUCUGAAUGACUCUGAGGUCCCAGGGGUCAGAGAGAGGAGGGAUUCUGGUGUAGGGGCCUCUCUGACCAGGCCAAACAGGCGACUCCGGUGGAACAGUUUCCAGCUCUCCCACCAGCCUCGGCUGGCCCCAGCGUCGCCUCACAUCAGCAGCCAGACGGCCGGGCAGCUGAACCUCCUCCAGCGCUUCUCUCUGCUUCGCCUUACAGCCGUCAUGGAGAAAUACUCCAUGUCCAACAAGCACGGCUGGACAUGGUCAGUUCCAAAGUUCAUGAAGAGGAUGAAAGUUCCUGAUUACAAAGACAAGGCUGUCUUUGGCGUUCCUCUCAUAGUCCACGUCCAGAGGACGGGCCAGCCCCUGCCUCAGAGCAUCCAACAAGCGCUGAGGUAUCUGCGCAGCAACUGCCUCGACCAGGUGGGUCUUUUUCGUAAAUCCGGAGUGAAGUCUCGCAUCCACACCCUUCGCCAGAUGAAUGAAAACUUCCCUGAUAACGUCAGCUAUGAAGAGCAAUCCGCUUAUGACGUGGCGGACAUGGUGAAACAGUUCUUCCGGGACCUCCCUGAGCCGCUGUUCACUAACAAGCUCAGUGAGACCUUCCUCCACAUCUAUCAGUAUGUUCCCAAGGAACAGCGGCUGCAGGCCGUGCAGGCUGCCAUCCUGCUGCUGGCUGACGAAAACAGGGAGGUCCUGCAGACGCUGCUGUGCUUCCUGAAUGACGUCGUCAACUUGGUAGAAGAGAAUCAGAUGACGCCCAUGAACCUGGCCGUGUGUCUGGCCCCCUCCCUGUUUCAUCUUAGUUUAUUGAAGAAAGAAAGCUCUCCCAGAGUCAUCCAGAAGAAAUAUGCCACUGGGAAGCCUGAUCAAAAGGACCUCAACGAGAACCUGGCCGCAGCCCAGGGGCUGGCACACAUGAUCAUGGAAUGCGACAGGCUCUUUGAGGUCCCACAUGAGAUGGUGGCCCAGUCCCGUAGCUCCUAUAUGGAAGCUGAGAUCCAUGCACCAACCCUGGAAGACUUGGGGGCACAGCUGGAGGAGAGUGGGGCGACUUUCCACACUUACCUGGAACAUCUCAUCCAGAGCCUCCAGAAGGAAGCCAAAGAGAAGUUCAAAGGAUGGGUCGUGUGCCCCAGCAUGGACAAUACAGAUCUUGCUUUCAAAAAGGUGGGUGAUGGGAGCCCGCUGAAGCUGUGGAAGGCCUCUGCAGAGGUGGAAGCACCCCCAUCCGUGGUCUUGAAUCGUGUGCUGAGAGAGCGCCACCUGUGGGAUGAGGACUUUGUGCAGUGGAAGGUUGUGGAAACUCUGGACAGACAGACAGAAAUCUACCAGUACGUGUUGAACAGCAUGGCCCCCCAUCCUUCCAGAGACUUUGUGGUUCUCAGGACUUGGAAGACUGAUUUGCCCAAAGGAAUGUGCACCCUGGUGUCCCUCUCUGUGGAGCACGAGGAAGCCCUGCUCCUGGGCGGAGUACGGGCCGUGGUGAUGGAUUCCCAGUACUUGAUAGAACCAUGUGGCUCUGGCAAGUCAAGACUGACCCACAUCUCCAGGAUAGACCUGAAAGGCCGCUCCCCCGAAUGGUACAGCAAAGGCUUUGGGCAGCUGUGUGCAGUGAAAGUUGCCAGGAUUAGAAACUCUUUCCAGCCCCUCAUUGCUGAGGGUCCAGAAACUAAAAUCUGAGAUUUCCCCCAGCAUGACCUCAAACUCAGGGAAGAGGAAGCUACAGCGAAUGCUCGUGGCAGAGUGUGUGCGAGAGAGCAAGGUGAAGAGGAGCUGAUGGACAUGGUGAAUCUUAAAAACAGAGACAUGGAAAAAUCAGAAUGUUGAAGAUGCUAGAAUUUCUGAAAACUUUCCUAGCCUUCCUGGAGACGGCUAUAUCCCUAAUAUAUUUUUUAAAACCUGAACAUUUAUCUAUGAUACUUAAAAUUAAAUGGAUUGUGUCUUGCGUAUUACCUAAUUUGCUAUUUAAAGGCUUCUAAGAAGCAUAUUCUUAACUGUAAAUAAAUGUGUGUACAGCAUAUGCACACAUGUGUGUGCAUCUCCAUCUUUACUGUAUAUAUAUAGAUAAAAUACCGAUUUUAUAUGGAAUCGAAUGUUUCAAAAAAAGACCUUGUCUGACUCGGUGAGUCCUUUCCUCACCUUGUUCUAUCCAGGUGGCUCUGGGCCCCGUCUUCCCACUGUCCUCCCAGCUGCACGGAGCCUGCUGCUAGCCCCAAGGUGUGAAACUGCCCUGAUGUCUAACCAAAGAUCAGCUAACCAAAGGAAAACACAAUUAAGAGGUUCUCAUAUAUCAAUAGUUUGUUUCUGUUAUUCAAAAACUGAAAGUAGAAUGUUGGGGAAAAAAACAGGGAAAUGAUAUUUACUACUCUUUAAAGCAAAGCAGUGGGUGACAAGUCAUCACCAAAUUCAAAGCCCAGCCAGAUGCAAUUUCGAUGAAAUAUCAGACCUCAGUGGACCCCUGCAGUCAGUGCCAGUGACUGAAACGGAAGUGGUAUUUCCCCCCAGCAGAAUUGCAGAUAGUACAAUAGCCUUUCCAUAUUCACAGCCAAAGGGAGCCUCUGUGUUGUCUCUCGUUUUCAUAAAUACAUUUCAUAAUGUUGUUAAAUGUCCUUUUAUCUGACCAGUGACCCAUUUGGUCACGGUUAAUCGGCAUUUUCUUACCAAUGUAUUGCACUGAAUUUAAGUCUGGACUUCACACAAAGGGAGAUGAAGGUCAUUCAAUUCAAGAGUCCUGGAUCAUUACAGCUUCAGGGAAUUCAUAUUUUGCUAUGUGUUACACUCUUAUAAUAUAAUUCAUUAAAGUUUUCUGAUUCAAAAGACAGGGUUUUUAACUACAAUAAGACCAAAACUAUGUUCUUUAAUUAGCUUUAGAAAAUAUAAUCAGGUUUAUUAAUUGUAUGUUUCUUCAUUAGAAAUUUCAAGCUACCUAUGCGUUUGAUCCAGCCUUAUUUAUGGUUGUACAAGCUAAGCAAAUGGACUCUCUUUAACCAAUUGCUAUUGGAUUUAAGUUGGUUUUUUUAUUGUAAUAACAACAGUUAUUACAGUUGAGAGAAGAAUAACUUACUUCUUGUUUGGUUUCAGGGAGGGAUUUUACUUUAGUUGUCCAUAACAGAUUGAUAUCUGAUUUAACAAUGGAUGUUGAAGAAGAAAAAAAAAAAAACAAGAGUUUUUUUCAGGUAUUUUUUGGUAUCAUGUGCAUAUAUGUAAUAUUUUCUGUUAUCGACAAGGUGCAAUUAUUGUAUUGAGAAGAAUAAAAUAGCUAUAUAUGAGUUUGGUAUGGUGCAAGGAAAAAUCAUCCUGUUGAAUUAUGACCUAGGAAUUUUUCAUUCUCCCGUCGACCUGAAAAGGUGGCAGCAAAUCUGUAAUUUACCAUUUGGGCAAUGCUUUGUGAACAAAACAAAUUCACUUCUGCUGUAGCAUCUUAAAUUUAACCUCCUAUGCUGGGUUACUUUAUAUGCAUCAACAAGAUCAUUAGUGAAGUUUAAUGAAAUCCAGCUAAACACUGGUCGGGUUCCAGAGAUAGGACCCCACGUGUCUGGAAAGUAUGAGAGGGACACAAGAGUGAAUGGCGAUGUAUCACCCAAAGCAGCGCUUCUCCAAGUUUAACUUUAACAUGCACCAAUCGCCUGGGGAUCUUAUUAAAAUGCAGACUCUGAUUCAGCAGGCUCAGGUGGGCCUGAGAUUCUGCAUUUCUAAUGAGCCUCAGGAAUGGCCCUGCUGCUGGCCCAAAACCACACUCUGAAAAACGAGGAUCAAAAGGAUCCUUAAAACGGAAUGAAAACAAAUAUGAUUGUACUUCUGACUCCCCACUCUUGAAAUUACCUGACUUUUUAAUAUUUUUAUGCACAUUUAAUCACAUCACUGCUGCAUAAUAACAUAGUGCAUCUUCAUAAAAAAAAAAGAA